UCUGGUGACGGUCAAAAGUCGCGACUUUCUGUAGUUUUGUCUUUAAGACGGUACCUGGCCGUGGAUGGUCGGAGGGUCGGCGGUGAUGUUGGGGGCAGGAGGCUUCGGGAUAGCCGCGGCGAGCAUCUCCUUGAGCGGUGUCAAGAACUGCUUUCUGCACUUGCCGCCUGGGCUGGUUUCCUACCUCCGACUGCAGCAGGAUCAAGUUGUGAAAGCAUCUUGGGGUAAUCAACCAGUAUUCUUGGGUUGGAUGGAAAUCAGACGUUAUCGUCAAACAGAAGAAAAUAUUGUUGAAAUAAAUAGACACUUGGCAGGCAAGCUUGGCAUCAAAGAUGGACAACAGGUAUUCCUUGAACCCUGUUCUCAGGUUUUAUCCUGUCAACAAGUAGAAGUAGAACCAAUUUCAGCAGAUGAUUGGGAAAUACUGGAGCUGCAUGCAUUGUCCCUGGAAAGGCAUCUUCUUAAUCAAAUUCGAAUAGUAUUUCCAAAAGCUGUCUUCCCAGUGUGGGUUGAGCAACAUACUUGUAUCUAUAUCCGGAUUGUUACUCUAAAACCCCCAGCUCUUUAUGGAAGACUUGAAGCUUGCACAGAGCUUCUUGUAUCUCCUAAAUUACGACAGUAUGAAGGUAGUUCUGCCAUGUUGCUUUCCCCGAAAGAUGACAUUAUGCAGGAAGAUGUCCCUGAAACCGAAUUAAAACCAAGGGAAAAAAAUGAGGAACCAUAUUCCAAAGAAACACAUUUAAAUAACCAAUUUCAGCAGCAUCAACCAAACACAAAGGGAUCGCAGAGUACAAAUAUUUUCCCAAACAUUUGGAAUUUACUCGGGAACAUUUUCUUUUAUAAUUCUGAAAAGAAACACGAGCCUUCUAAUGGUAUUGAUGAAUUGAACGCUGCUAAAAAUCGUCUGUUAAACUUGAUUCAGGUGGAUUCUGUUUUCAGAGUAUGUCAGAGGCAGCUUCCCAGUAUGAAAAAUACACUGGAAACAUGCACAUUUCAGGAAUGCAACACCGUCUUUGUUUUUCCAUGGAAUGAAGUAUUUUCUGCUUUAGAAGCUAAUACUCAAGUCUCUUAUGGGAAAAUUAGUAAACUACUUUCUCCAAAACAGCAGAUGCAAGAGUUGAAGUAUCAUCUAACAUCAAGGAAAGAGAAACAUCUGUCUAAUACAGAAGACCAAAAGCAAUUUACUUUGAGUAAGGGUCAAGAAUCUAAUGAGUUUUCUGUUGUGCAAAUAAUAUGGAAUGGCUUUGAGGAUCUAAAGGAUGCCAUAAUAUUCAAUAACAAUGUGGAGCAACUGCAUGUUGGAAGAAUUUGGAUACCUGAACAGUUGAGAAAGAAGCUACAUAUAGAAAUGCAUGCUGCUGUCAGAAUCACAUCAAUCAGUUCAGAUCCUAAAAUUCCAACCUCUCUUAAACUUCAGCCUGAACGUUCUUUAAAUAGAGAAAUAAGUGAAGAAGACAUUAAAAAUGCAUUUAAGUUGUGGCUAGAGGAUUACAUUAGGCUUCCCUUGAUCACAGCAGAAACAAGCUAUCUACAAUUGACACUUAACUUUGGCCUGGAAGACUUUGUCCUCACUAUAGUCACUUCUGACCCUGAAGAAGAGAAAGCUAGAAAUACUUUCAUUUUGAGCCCUAGCUUGCUGCAGAAGGCAAAUAUACAAGUUUUGUUACAUCCUGUGUCUUCAGGAUUCAACAGUAGUAACUUCCAGUCUUGUUGUGAACAGCCUUUGCCAUGGCUCAAUCUAAACUACUUAGGUGGAGUGGAUAACAUUGGAUUAUCAUCUUUGAAACACAUAUCGCAUAGCCUCUUGAUACAUCCUCUGUCUCAAAAACUAGCUCCCUUUUGUGCUGGACUAUGCAGUGGUGGUGUCCUAAUUACUGGAGCGAAGGGAAGCGGCAAAUCAACAUUAGCAAAGGCCAUUUGUAAGGAAGCAUUUGAUAAAUUUGAUACUCAUUUGGAAGUGAUUGAUUGUAAAGCUUUAAGAGGGAAAAGAUUAGAAAGUGUACAGAAGAAGCUGGAAGAAGCCUUCCUAGAGGCAGCAUGGAGACAGCCGUCGAUCGUUCUGUUAGAUGAUCUUGAUCAUAUAAUGGGUGUUCCCCUUGCUCCAGAACAUGAGAACAGUCCUAAAGCAGUCCAGAGCACUUGUCUUGCUCGUGUUCUGAAAGAAAUGAUAAAGGAAGUUACUUCCAUGCACAGUUUGGUUGCACAUAUUGCCACAAGUCUAUCUGAGCAGUCCCUACAUUCUUCCAUCAUUUCUACUCAAGGAAUUCAUCUAUUUCAGUGUUUUCAACAUAUUCAAGUUCCAACUCAGGGGCAAAGAUAUGAAAUCCUUGAAUCCAUAAUAAAAAACAAAUUUGACUUCAGUUUAGGGAGAUUCUGUGAUCUUGAUCUCCCUCAAAUUGCAAAGGAAACAGAAGGAUUUGUAGCUAGAGAUUUUACAGUGUUAAUUGAUCGUGCCAUCCAUUCAUGCAUUCUUAGGAGGGGAACUUGUAAAAAAGAAGAUUUGGUUCUAUCAACUUUAGAUUUCCAAAAAGCUAUACAAGGUUUUACCCCAAUAUCCUUGAGAAACAUUAACCUGCAUAAGCCUCAGAAUUUGGGCUGGGAUAAAAUUGGUGGUCUUAAAGAAAUGCAGCAAAUACUUACAGAUACUAUCCAGUUACCUGCAAAGUAUCCAGAAUUAUUUGCUAAUCUACCUAUACGGCAAAGAACAGGAAUCUUACUAUAUGGGGCUCCAGGAACAGGAAAAACUUUAUUAGCAGGUGUAGUUGCCCAAGAAAGUGGAAUGAAUUUUAUCAGCAUCAAGGGGCCAGAACUGCUCAGCAAAUACAUUGGAGCAAGUGAACAGGCAGUUCGCGAUGUAUUUAACAGAGCUCAAGCAGCCAAGCCGUGCAUACUUUUCUUUGAUGAAUUUGAUUCUCUUGCUCCUCGAAGAGGUCACGAUAACACUGGUGUAACUGACCGAGUUGUUAAUCAACUGCUGACUCAAUUAGAUGGUGUAGAAGGCUUAAAAGGAGUUUAUAUUCUAGCAGCCACUAGUCGUCCUGAUUUGAUUGACCCUGCUCUUUUGAGACCCGGUCGAUUGGAUAAGUGUCUAUACUGUCCGCCUCCUGAUCAGGUGUCCCGAUAUGAGAUUUUAAAAGCUCUGAGUCAUUCUCUCCCUUUGCAACAUGAUGUGGAUUUUCAGUAUUUGGCAGCAAAAACUGAGCAUUUCACUGGGGCAGAUUUAAAAGCUUUAUUAUACAAUGCCCAAUUAGAAGCAGUGCAUGCUAACUUGAACUCAACUUUGCCCCACGAGGUAGGUUCCAGCUCAGAUAGUGAUCUUAGUCUAUCUUCAAUGGUUUUCUUAAACCAAAGUAGUGGAUCAGAUGAUUCUGCCAGAGAUGGAGAAGGAGGCUUGGAGCAAUCAUUAACUUCCCUUGAACUGUGUGACCUGCUUCCUGAGGACCCAAGAUCUAACAUCUACCGCCUUUACUUUGGCAGUUCCUAUGAAUCUGAACUUGGCAAUGGAACUGCUUCAGAAAUGAGUUCUCAGUGUUUUUCAGGAUCAAACUCCAUAAACCAUGAAUUAACCAGCAUAACUCUGAAGGAUUUAGUAUCUUCUCAGCCUCCAGCCUUAACCUUAAGAACAACUUUACAGGAAGGUUUCCAAGAAUGUAAUCAAGAACAAAUAGAACAACUCAGGGCAGAAAUCAGUGCCAUAAAAGCGAACUACAAAAGCAUGAAUGGAGAGGAAGGCACUACCUGCAUGUCAUCAAUAGCCAAGAGAACUUUAAAUAUUACUCAGAUUCAUUUAAUGGCUGCUCUUGAAAGUACAAAGCCUUCCAUUAGUCAAGAAAACUGGAAGAGGUUUGCUGAACUCUAUGAAAAUUUUCAAAAUCCAAAGAGAAAAGAAUCCAGUGGAGCAAUUGUCAAACCAGGACAAAAAGUAACAUUAGCUUAACUUCUGUUAAAGAAAUAGUAAUCAUGUUUACUAAUAAUUUUCUAGCAAAGCGUUUAUUUGCUAAAUUGUAUCUAUGAAUAGUCUAUGUUACUCUUAAUAUUGCAAAAACAUUUGUUUAUGUUAAAUUUUACCUAUCAAUAGUCUGUUACUAUUAAUAUGAUAAGGACAUUUAACUAAUUAUUUCAUGAUUAUUUUGCAUCAUUUUAAUUUUCAAGGUAUGUUUUGCUGAAAACUAUAUUAAAACUUUUUGAGAUAUUACCUUUAUUUUGUAUGCACUUUUUUUUUCUUGAGGGGAUUGGCAUUCUUGUUAGUUAGUCUCUUGCUCUUUCAGAAAUAAAAUUCAGCAAUUUAACAACUGCCAGUCUGUUUUGAAUAACUUAUUGCAUUUAAAGAAAAGUGAAAGCUUAAUUAUCAAUAUUUUAAAAAAUAUUCUAAGCAAUAGCUUUUUAAAUCAACUCACCCUAUUUUAUAGAGGGUGAGGGCAAAUGAUUGUAAUAGAAAACUUCAUAUUCCAAUAUCUGCUGAAAAACUGAGGCAUCUAAGAGUGAAGCAUCCAACAGAACUUGCUGGCAAUUUUAUUUUUAAAAUGAAAAUAAAUUUAAUGCUCCCAUCAGGGAAUAAUUGGUAUGUAUCAAAAGUAUCAGCCACUUUGAAUGAAAGCAGUUACACUAUGUUGGUAGCCCAGAUUAACUGGAGAAGAAAAUCUGAAGAAAACAUAUUGGAAUGAAUCAAAGUAAAGAGUGAUAACAUACUCUUAAUGUAGUUUGAGAAUCUAAAGCAGGGAUAUCAAACUCAAGGCCCU